AUGGGGAGAUCUACGACAUCCAGAUCCAGGAAACAAAGACAUGAUCCACUUUUAAAGGACAUCGAUUCCGCUCAAGGUAACUUGAAGAAACACUACACCAAAAGAAAUCAAGUGACUAAAGAAGGUAAUGAGGAUGACGAAGACGAAGAAUAUAUCGAUGCUAAACAUUCUCGUAAGAUUUUACAACUAGCUAGAGAUCAACAAGAUGAAAUUGCUGAAGAGGAAAAUACCGAGUUGCAACGUGAAGUACAAAAUAAAGCCAGAUUCCAACAUAUCGACUAUGAUGACGACGAAGACGAUGAGGAUGAACAAGAAGGUGAUUUCUCUGAUUUUGAACCGGAAGGAGAGUUUGGUGAAGAAAUGGAGGAAGAAGAAAUCGUAGAACUAGACGAAGAAGAUGCAGCUAUGUUUGAGCAAUAUUUCAAGAAGGCUGAUGACUUCAACGCAAUGAAUGGUAGUUAUAACUUGGCUGAUAAGAUUAUGGCUUCUGUCAGAGAAAAGGAAGCUGAGAUUAAAGAAACUGCUAUUGAUAUUGACGAUAAUGAAGCUGAUCAAGGUGAACAUGAAGCUCAAAAGAGACCAAUGGAUGGUGUUGCUUUACCUGAAAAAGUUAUCAGAGCGUAUACCACUGUGGGUACUGUGUUGAAAACAUGGACUCACGGUAAACUACCUAAAUUGUUUAAAGUUAUCCCAUCUUUGAGAAACUGGCAAGAUGUGUUGUAUGUGACCAACCCAGAAGCAUGGUCUCCGCAUGUCGUCUACGAGGCCACUAAGCUAUUUGUCUCCAAUUUACAAGCGAAAGAAGCUCAAAAGUUUAUCAGUAUGGUCCUAUUGGAACGUUUCCGUGACAAUAUCGAAAAUAACGAGGAUCAUUCUUUGAACUAUCACAUAUAUCGUGCUAUCAAGAAAUCCAUCUAUAAACCGAGUGCAUUCUUCAAAGGGUUCCUUUUCCCUCUGGUGGAAACAGGUUGUAACAUUCGUGAAGCUACCAUUGCAGGUAGUGUAUUAACUAAGGUCUCUGUUCCAGCAUUACACUCUUCUGCCGCAUUGAGUUAUCUAUUGAGAUUGCCAUUCUCUCCUGCCACCACAGUAUUCAUCAAGAUUCUUUUGGACAAGAAGUAUGCUUUACCAUAUCAAACUGUGGACGAAUGUGUUUACUACUUCAUGAGAUUCAGAAUAGUCGAGGAUGGUAGUACUGGGGAAGAUUCUACCAGAGCACUACCAGUGAUAUGGCAUAAGGCCUUCCUGGUGUUUGCUCAACGUUACAAAAACGAUAUCACUGAAGAUCAAAGGGAUUUCCUAUUAGAAACUGUCCGUCAAAGAGGACAUAGAGACAUUGGCCCAGAGAUCAGAAGAGAACUGAUGGCAGGUAACUCUAGAGAAUUUGUUGAUCCUAACCAAGCUAAGGACGACAUGAUGAUAGAUGUCCAAUAA